GGUGGAUGCUACACUGGAGCAUAUCUCUCAUCCCCUUCCCCGUCUUCUUUCAUCGUCGUCUACCCACGAAAACCAGAGGACGAGAGUGAGAAGGAACCGAGGAGAUUGGGGUAUAUCGCAAAAGCGCCAUGGGACAGGUCCUUGACAAAUUUCAGGGUAAGCAGUGGAGGCAAAAGCAGAUAAGGAAAAUAACAGACAAGGUGUUUGAUCGUAUCACGAGUCAAGUGGGAAGGGCUAACUUGACAUUUGAAGAUCUAUACAUGGCCGUUCUGCUUGUUUACAAUGACAUCAAUAAGCACUUGCCUGGGCCGCAUUUCGAUCCGCCCUCCAAAGAGGAAGUCAGAGCCACGAUGCAGGAAUGUGAUAUUAACCUCGAUGGAGAAAUCGAUCGGGAAGAAUUUGUCCGCUUCAUUCAGCACCAGACAUCUGACACAUUCAUCCUUGUGAGUCAAGGACUGAUAGUGACCCUUGUUGUGGCUCCCACAGUGGCAAUGGCCACGAAGAGGGCCACUGAGGGUGUCCCAGGAGUGGGGAAGGUGGUCCAGAAGUUGCCGAAUUCAAUCUAUGCUUCCCUCGUGACUCUUGCUGUCGUAUUGUUCCAGAAGUCCAUUCAGGAGGUCUAAACUAUUUAGAGAAGUACAUAACUUUCAGUCUGUGUGAAUCUCUAUAUUUCGUGGUGGUGUUACGAAGUAUCUUUGGUUGUAACUAUGCUACAGUACACGAGUAAGACCACAGCAUGGCAAAUAUCUUGCAUAUAUUUUAGGUGAAGUAUUCUUCCACUGGCAUAUUCCAUUUGGAGGUUAUGCCUAUAGUAGUGAAUAAAAGGAGGAAACGCAUUCGUUAAGUCCCGUUUUUCUGGACUUCUGUUAGACCAAUUGAGCUCGUUAAAGCAUCGGCAUCUGCUGAAGCGGAUGAUGCAUUAUGAUCUGUAUUUGCGAA